AUGGCUUCGAAUUCGUUGCUAGCCCUCUUGAACCUGUCUUCGGCCUCGUCGACACCCUCUGCAAAGGCAACAGCAAAGGAGGCAGAUCAGGAGCAGCCGCCGUCGUCUUCGUCAGCGCAGGUCCAAUUCCAGCAGACGACGUCCUCGACGUCAUCGCCCUCGGCCAACCGAGGCUUUGCCCCUUCGAACGACGCUGCCGAUAGCCUUCUUGCUCUCCUGACAGGAGGUGGUAAGGGGCAAGGUGUGCAGACUGGCGAUUUCCAAACCCAAUCCUCCCCUGCUCCCAACCCCAUCUCACCCCCUCCACAGACGCCAUCGACUGCGCCAAGAGAGAACGGCAAUGAUGCCGCCGCUGCUCGCAAAAUUGCUUCGUCUGCAGCACCAACCGAGACUGCAUCGUUGAGCGGAGCGUCAGCCCAACCGCAGACGCCAAGCAUGUUCGACUUUGUCAGUCCCUUUGACCUGCUCGAGAAGAGCAGGAAGCCCUCGGCACCCUCAACCCCGAGCGCCGCGGCUCGAGCGACGUCAUCCGAAAGCGCAACGAGGCCGCCGCCGCCGCAGAAGCCUGUCGACUCCCCGAGCGUGGCGCAGGAGCCAUCGAAGACCAAUGUCUCGGUCGAGUCGAAGGCUGCAGAGCAAAACGCACCGGCGAGCCUGGCCAUCGAUCGCUCCAUGCAUGCCAACCGCCACCUCUCUGGCCUGCAUGCAUCGUCAGGCUUCGAUGACGCCAUCUCCAGCGGAUACUCGACUACCGAGCAAGAGGGAUUGCAGACCCAUGUCCUUCAGCUUUCGGCACCGCAGCCCGGAGGAGCGAACACUUUGCACCCUGCCAAGCUCGACAUCGUCCCCGUUUCCCUCAUCGAGACGGCCUUCAGCCCGCAAGGCUCAUACCACGGCCGCGGUCUCUGGCCUCAGCCGCAAGUUGCUGGCCUUGGCGGUCGCAUUGUUGCAUACGUCAUGAAGAAGGGCAAGAUCCGGCUUCUGGAUGAGCUGUCGGGCGAGCGAGCGCUUGCCAGGACGGACCCCGUCAUAAAGUCCAUCUUCUCGGCUCCGGACGAAAGGAGCGACAAGGCUUGGACACUGGCCGCUCUAACCGAGGCUGGCGUCAGUAUUUGGUCGCUCGAUCGAACAUUUGGACAAGGAAAGGGUAUCGAGCCCAGACUUAUCGCUCGGCUCCCCAACCAAGAAGGUGCUCCGAUCGUCUACGCUAUAUUCAGGCCAGCUAGCGGGGGAAGGGAGCUAUUGCUGGUUCAUGCUGAUGGUCUUGUCGUCAUCGCGGAAUCGAACACCGGCAGAACCCGUGUCGUUGCCCCGGCGAAUCCUUCCACUUCGGCCGCCUGCUUCUCGUCUGAUGGGUCCAUUGUUGCCGUCCUCGAGGCUAGAGAUCAUUCGCCGCUCAUCCUGCACCUCCAUCACGCUGACGAACCGGAAUCGGGCGUCGAAAAUAUCGAGCUGCCUUUUGGAGUUCGCCAGAUCUCCAAUGUGGGCCACCUGAGCUUCCUUACCGAUGCUGGCUCAGUCCGCGCCGCCGCUGUCGGCUUCAAUAACAAUACCACCCUGGCAGUCUUUGACCUGGCAAAGGGGCAGUGCAGGCAACUGUUCGAUUUCAGCCACCGAGACGACAAACACUUUAAUCUUGUCUCGAACCUCGCUCGGCCGGAAUCGACGCUCUUUGUCUCGUCGAGCCUUCGCGCGAGCUUCUUCUCCAUCCGGAUCGACUUUGGAGAAGAGGGUUUGCAAAAGGUGGAUAGCAAGGAUGCAGAGACCGCUGCCAAAUGGCGCCUAGAGCAAGGCGAGGUCGUGGAUCAGCACAAGGAGCUCUCGGUCAGGCGAGGCAAUGGCUUGCUACCUUUUGCCAAUGCUUCGCCAACAAUCAAGGAGUGCGCAUUGCCCGAGCCGUAUACGUCAUUUGAUGUCGACGUUGAGCCGGUAGACGACACCGUCGGAGGUGGUAUCAGGGUAGUUGCACUCCACCCUGGUGGUACCCACGUCGCUCGGGUGCCCCGAGAGGCAUUGGCAGCGGCUCCGACGAGAGAGCUUGGCAAUGUGGGCCAGGUCAGGCAAGAAAAGGAGGAGGAGGAUCUCGCGACACAUGGCAAUGUGGUGGCCGAGCCAACGGGUGAGGCCAAACCAAUCGAAGAAGAGCUACCCAUUCCCAAGGAGCAAGAGAGCAAGCGAGACAUCGUAGGGGAGGAGAAGCCGUGGGAACAGGAGGUCAUGGCCAACGCCGACGCGCUAGAGGUGCCGACCGGGCCUGCACUCAACGCGGCUGUCAACGGUGUGACCAAAGAGUCGAAGAGGGCAGGCGAGACUGAAAAGAAGAAGAAAGACCGUCGAUCCAAGGCAGCCUCGAGGAACAAUGAUAGUCGAGCAGCUACGCCCACUCUCUUUGACAGGUCUGGCUCGGAUGCGCCCUCGUCGAGCAGCGUCUCCAACGAGGACCUCAGGAAGCUCAUACAGCGUCUUGAGAGCCAACAACUCGCUCCGGCUUCGUCGCAACAGAACCAACAGCAGCAGCAGCCACAGGCGCAAUCACCUGCGAUUGGUCCAGACGCCGCGCGACUCAUUGCGCAGAACAUUGCUCCUCAUCUCGACAGUGUUGCGCGAGAGCUCCUGCAGCAAGAGGUCCAUCGCGGUGUCGAAAAGGCCGUUUCAGAAAGCAUUGCGACGGAGAUGCACUCGCUCGUCAUGCGACCCGACAUCUCCAACCACCUGGCUCGCUCCAUUUCUCAAUCCAUCUUGCCCACCGUGCAGCGAACAGCGAUGGAUGUCGUCACGAGAGCUUUGGCGCCGCACUUUGAAGACGUCAUGAACAGCAUGGUCGACCGCAUCGAGAGGCGCAUCGAGGGAGGCAUGACGAGCGUGCGCAAGGACAUUGUCACUGAGCAAUCAGCGGCCCUCCUGCAGAGCGAGGCAAGCCUCAGGGACAUGGCCAGACAGAUGAGCGAGCUCAGCGCUCAGCUCGAGAGUGUGGGACGAAGCAACGCAAAGCUCGAGAGAAGCCUCGCCGAUAUCAAAGAGGAGCAGAAGGUCCUGGCGCUCAAUGCGGUGAAAGCGUCGCAGAACCCGCAGAACUCGACGAAAAGCUCUUCGGGCCAUCAUUCCGGUGCCCACCAUGCCUCUCAAACUACCUCGACUUCGAGCGUCACACAGGAACAGCCGCCCCGACCGCAAGUCGCUCAGACAGAGCCCCUCGCAAACGCUCCGGCUCCUCCGAGCUCCUCACCGCAGGAUCUCGAGGAUGUUAUCGUGUCUGCACUCUCGUCGGGUAGCCUCGAUACAGACAUGUCGCCGCUCGUCUCGACACUCGCCCAGCUCGAGUCGAGGUUCGGAAGUGCGCAUGGCGUUCUCUGGAGCGUCACACCAGGGAAACCUUCACUUAGCCAGCCAGUCCUUCUCGCACUCGUGCACCGCAUCGCCAACUCGCUCAAGGCCGGCUUCGUCAUCCGCAACAACAUCUCGACAGAGCAGGCUGUGCCGUGGAUCGAGGCAUGCCUUGCCGUCCUCGACAAGCAGGACCCGGCCAUUCAGAAGUUCGUUCAGCAUGCUGCCCCUGCCAUCGCGCAAGCUCUCGUCGAGGCGCACUCUCGAUUGGCGAGCCAGGGCGUGAGCCUCUGGUGGAGUCACGAGCGCCUGGUGCAGGGCUCGCUGCGCUACCUGCAGCUGUAG